AUGGCAUUGAGUCAAGCAGCGGCGGUUCUGGAGAAGGUCAUCGGCCAUGACACUAAUGCGACCACCGAGCAAGACAUCACGAACCCGGCCCGAGACAGGGCCAAAUAUGCUGACCCUAGCGGCGAGACGAUGAAGGCAUUAGUCUGGAUGGGCAAGAACAAAGUGGAAGUCCACGAGGUUCCAAAGCCCCGCGUCGUGGAAGACAGAGAUGUCAUCCUGAAGGUCACGGGAAGUACGGUCUGCGGGAGUGAUUUGCACUUGCUGCAUGGUACUGUGGUUGAGCUGGAGAAGGGAGAUAUCCUUGGCCAUGAGUUUUGUGGUGUGGUCGAGUCUAUGGGCCCCGCUGUCAAGGGACUGAAGCAAGGGGAUCGAGUUGUUGCAUCCUUCCAGAUUGCAUGUGGAGAAUGCUAUUACUGCAAAAAGAAGCAAAGCUCCCAAUGCGAGAAGACCAAUUCGAACACCUUGGAGAAUGGCAUGUAUGGAGGAAGAACUGCAGGCAUGUUCGGAUACAGCCAUUUCACGGGAGGGUUCGCUGGUGGGCAGGCUGAGUACGUCCGAGUUCCAUACGGAGACGUCAACCUUCUCAAGCUCCCAGCGAGUGUCCCUGAUGAGAAGGGGCUCUACCUGUCAGAUGUUUUGUGCACAUCGUGGAACUGCGUUGUCGAUACGGGCGUCGAGAAAGGAGAUGUUGUCGCGAUCUGGGGUGCUGGUCCAAUUGGGCAGAUGUGUGCAGAGUUCGCUUUUAUCAAUGGUGCUUCAAGAGUCAUCAUGAUUGACAACAAUUGGAGGUUGGAAUAUGUCAAGUCCAAAUACCCGAAGGUUGAACUUCUCGAUUACAGCGGUCUGCCUCGUGGAACAUCCGUCUCUACGAAGUUGAAGGAGAUGGCACCAAGAGGUCCGGAUAUCGCUCUCGAGUGUGUGGCCGGCGAGUAUGCCAAAGGAUGGGCUCACUACUUUGAGCUUAUGCUUGGUAUGGAGACAGACACCUCGGAAAUCGUCAACGAGAUGAUUACGUCUGUAAAGAAUUUUGGCCGUUGUGGUAUCACGGGUGUCUAUGUUGGCUUUACGAACCACUUCAACAUUGGAUCACUCAUGGAACGAGGAAUCAGAUUGAUUGGUAACGGCCAAGCGCCAGUUCACAUGUAUUGGGAAAAGCUCUGUGGCAUGAUCGAAAGCGGCGAGAUCGAUCCGCUUAAGAUGGUCUCCCACAGAGUGAGCAUGGAGGAGCUUGAUCAGAUCUACUACAAGUUCGAGAAAAAGGAAGACGGGAUGCAGAAAGUCUUCGUCGAGACCAAGUUUUCCGCACCGCCAUGCGCUGGUAGUCCCAGCUUAACAAGGUACAGCAAGUAGUUGUGGGGCUGAAAGGAAUUGAAGAAUGCAGUACAAGCAGGAGCAGGCGGUUGAGUAUUCGGGAGCCAAUGUAGUUUUGCUCUUUCCGUAAGACCUGACCAAUGAGUUGAGCCUAUAUUUUAAGUUCUUGCAUUUUUCCGGGGCAAAAAUGGUUAGCAGUCCACUUGUGUCAAGACAUUAGACAUCAGCGUCACCAAAUGAGCGAUUUAUUGGAUCUGGACUCUAUAGAUUGUAGUCAGGUCAUGGAGAACUCAUCGCCUU